GUACAUAACUAUAAAUGUUAAACGUAAUAAAUGAUCCCAUCCAUAUCAUCCAACCAAUACGUCGACACUCUCAGAGCCAUAUAUAAACAAACAUACACACGAUCAUACAAAAAGAGACUGAGAACACGUUUCUAUCUAUAUUGCAUUAUCAACACAAACAUAUAUAGAAAUCUAAAGAGAGAACACAACGCAUCGAACCAUGGAGUACUCGAUAAGAGCCCUAAUCAUAACCAUCGUGACAACCUCCAUGUUGCUAGGGUUUGGAAGCUCAGAUCUGGCUCAGGACAGAGACGAGUGUACGAACCAACUCAUAGCACUAUCCACGUGUCUUCCGUACGUUGGAGGAGACGCCAAGGCUCCAACAAAAGAUUGUUGUGCAGGGUUUGGCCAAGUUAUAACGAAGAGUCAGAAGUGUGUUUGCAUAUUGGUCAAAGACAAAGAUGAUCCUCAACUUGGUCUCAAAUUUAACGCAAGCCUAGCCGCUCAUCUUCCCGCCGCUUGCCAUAUAACGGCUUUUAACAUCACUGAGUGUAUUUCGGUUCUGCAUUUACCUCGAAACUCAACAUUGGCUAAAGAGUUUGAGAGCUUAGGAAGGAUUGAAGAAAAUUACAACACCACAUCUCCUUCACAUAAAGAUGGGACAGGAGGAGGAAAAGCUGAAUCAGCCAAGAGUAAUGGAUGGAAGAAGAAGAGUUGGUUGGGUGUUGAGCUUUUAAUAUUUGCUCUUUUCCCUCUCAUCUUCUUCUUUUGAUUAUCUCUUCUCUUCACUUACACCUUCUUUUAUUUAAUGUUCCCUUCGCUUUAUUUAUAUUAAUGAGACACAUGCUGCAUGUGUAUACACAUCUCUAUGCAUGUAAAAAUGUAGUUUUUUUUAUAUCUAAGCGUACGUAGUACAUUUUAGUCCCGUUGUUUAUCAAUCAGGUCUUGUACGCUAGUGUUAUAUGGAUUGCCGACUUGAUAUGUUUUUUUUAUAAUUAAUGUUGUGUUUCUUAUAUUUUAUAGAAUGAUGAAAAAAUAAUAUU